AUGGCCAUCCCAGACUCCUACAAGGCCUUUCGACGUGCACCGGGUGAGAAUGCUCAAAUUAUCCUUCCGGUCGUCGAACGCAUCCCCUUGCUUCGGCCGACGGAUGUCCUAAUUCGAGUGCAUGCUGUAUCUUUAAAUUACAGGGACGUUGGUAUGCUGCGUGGAAAUUAUCCAAUAUCCGUAAAGGAUCAAGGCAUCCCUGCGUCCGACUGUGCUGGAGAAGUAGUUGAUCUAGGGUCCGCAGUGACUCAGUACAUUGAAAACCCAGACCCUGAAGGCAAGGUUGCUCAACUAGGUGGAAAUGUGGACGGGGUACUGUGUCAGUAUGCUGUGUUUGACGAGAGCGCUGCUUGCAUAACCUGCGCAGGGACAACGGCUUGGAAUUCCUUGCAAAUGAACGAAAGUAAUGACUUUGAAAGAACUGCAUUAAUGCUCGGGACCGGAGGCGUGAGUAUGUUUGCACUGGUGAUCUGCCUAGCUGCUGGUAUUCAUCCGAUUAUUACGUCGUCUUCGGAGAAGAAGUUACAGGAUAUCGCAGCCCUUGAUCCAGAUGGGACCAUUGAUUCUAUCAAUUAUCGUGAUUACCCUGACUGGGACGAAGAGGUCCUUCGGAUGACGUCUGGAAAGGGCGUUGACACUGUGCUUGAGACCGUGGGAGACACAAGUUUUCAGAAAAGUGUUACCGCCAUGACCACCCGCGGUACUAUAUCCUGGAUUGGGUUUCUGGGUGGACAGCAACUCAAUGACCUUGUGGAAGUUUUGGGGCGGCUCUUCCUAAAAGUUGGGACACUCAAGGCAAUUCAGGUCGGGUCGAAAAUAGAUCAACAAAAACUUUGUCAGUUCCUAGCAACGAGAAAGGUAUCCCUAAAAUCUAUCAUUGGAAAGAGAUUUCAUUUUGAGGAAUCCCCUGAAGCUUUUGAUUAUCUCUGUUCUGGAGACUGUGUCGGAAAGGUUGUCAUUUCUGUAUCUCAUUAAGGCCAUGGUUGUAAGAAAAAUUAUUAUCAUGGUUCCUGACGCUAUUGAUACCCUCCACAAUUGUGAACACUAAAAGCACACCUCUCGAAGGGGUGCUCACGGAGUAGGUUUUGUAAUAAGCUCUGCGGCGUUAGUUCGAAACUUUUAUUUGGCAUGAUUGAAGGAUGUAUGUGCGGACUAUAUAGCUCUUAUUUGGCCUAAAGGAAGAGUUAAUUCUAGGAAGUAAGCUGAAUCAAGAAUAUUGGAGGAACUAGAGAAGUGGUGGGAGGACGGACAAUAAGAGUCAGAAAAGGUCUGAGUACGC